AUGGACAACGCGUCGGUCUACGGAACCGAAGAUUGCAGACCUGUUUCCGGAGUAUCACCAGCGCCACGGGCAAAACGUGCAAUGACGCUGGAUGAGAUCAUUGAGCUAGCAAAGCGUAAAGCAUCAACAAAUGAUUACUGCAUACCUGCUGCACCGUCCGAGCAAGAUGUUUCGGGAGGAAGAGCGCACGAGCCGGAGCUUCCGGUGGAGCAACCGGCAACCCCGGUUAUUGAAAUGAUCAAAGUGAACAACGACCUGUACAACGAUAACUGGUCUUACGUGGGCCAACUGAUGGAGCCGGAUAGCGAUCACGCGUUUGGCGACCCACCGAGCUCGUUGGAGGAGGAUGAGAAUACACUCGACCAGAUCAUUCGGAUCACUAAACCGCCGAACAAAUAA